AUGGCCCUCUUCCACAUCGGGGAUUUCCCCAUCGACCCCAUCACCCUCUACUCCAUCACCACCUUCACCACCCUCCUCCUCGUCUCCUUCCUCGCCCUCCACCUUCUCCUCCCCCGCACCGCCUCCCUCGCUCCCCGUCUCCUCUUCUUCUGGCACACCUUCGACUCCCUUGUCCACUUCAUCCUCGAAGGCUCCUUCCUCGCCCACACCUUCCUCUCCUCCACUCCCAUCCUCCCCGCCCCCCGCGAUCCCAGCGCCGCCAUUCACCCGCUCACCCCCCCCGGCGUCUUCUGGCUUAACGACCCCGCACGCCUCUACGGCGUGAAGUUCGGGGAGGGCUGGUUGGCGGGGAUGUGGCGCGACUACGCGCGCGCGGAUCGCCGAUGGGAGGGCGCGGAUUUGACGGUGGUGAGCUUGGAGGUGUUGACGGUGGUGGUGGGGGCCCCGUUGGCGGCGGGGAUCGCGUGGGCGAUUUGGCAGGCGGGGGGGCGGGUGCAGAGGAAGACAGCAUUUUGGAUCACGGUGUUGGCGACGGGGGAGAUUUAUGGGUCUUGGAUGACAUUCGCGCCGGAGUGGUUUACCGGAUCGCCGAAUCUGGAUAUAUCGAAUCCCAUCUUUCUGGGCGAUGCAUCUCGCCGACUUGAUCGAAACGACGUCCCUACUGACCGGCGGCAUAGGUGGUGCUAUCUAGUGUCCAUGAACUUCGUCUGGAUCGUCUUUGCCGUCUACGGGAUGUAUAUUAGCUAUGGGGUGUUGACGGAGGAGCCGACGACGAAGGCGGGGAAGAAGACACAGUGAGGUUGUUGCUGGAUGGGUUGGGUGGGUUGAUUGGUGUGGGAACCUGUGGUGUAAUGGCAUGUAUUCUUGUGAUAUCUGGAAGCGGUUGUUGCUUGGAGUAUUGUGCUGGGAGGAAAUAUAGGUCGCGGAUCUUUUCAUCCUGUAUUUGUCUCAUAGUCUCGGAUGCCUCCCAAAUCCAUAAUAAGCGAAAGAUUCAAUUGUUAUCUGUGUAUCAAUAUUCUGUUAUAGUUGACCAAUAUCCCAUGACCGUUCCAUCCACUAGGCCUUCAUCCAAAUGUCAGUUUUGUAGCCAUACCAUAUAGCCAAAUACAUGUAGUUUUUCCCUCAGGCGCCAAUCCCCUAUAUAAUACAAUAUUAAUUAGUCUCGCAGGAGAUAAUCCGGUCAAUGUCCGUGGCCACCCUC